GCGGGAGGCUGCGGGAGGCUGCGGGAGGCUGCGGGGCUGCGGUCAUGUUGCUGUUCUGCCCGGGCUGCGGGAAUGGGCUCAUCGUGGAGGAGGGACAGCGUUGCCACCGUUUCGCCUGCAACACCUGCCCCUACGUGCACAACGUCACUCGCAAGGUGACAAAUCGGAAGUAUCCGAAGCUGAAAGAAGUGGAUGAUGUGCUUGGUGGAGCAGCUGCCUGGGAGAACGUUGACUCUACCGCAGAGCCAUGUCCCAAAUGUGAACACCCUCGUGCCUAUUUCAUGCAACUUCAGACCCGCUCUGCAGAUGAGCCAAUGACUACUUUCUACAAGUGCUGCAAUGCUCAGUGUGGACACCGCUGGAGGGACUAGGACCAGGCUGGCCCAGCUGCAUCCAUAUCUGUUUAGCUUAUUUCUCAGAGUGCAUUUCCAGCUGGAAGCGAGCACUUGUGUCCUGAGGGCCUUUGCUGGUGUGGCAGAAAGCUACCCCUUCUAGGGUUGUUGGCCAGGGUGUCAGGAAAUGGAUAGCCCGUUUGCCAGUCAGCAGAUGAACUCAUUAAUGUCCAGGGAGGUUUUGUGUAUGGGGAGGAUUACCCACACCUGAUUACACCCUUUUUAAGGUCGUGUUCGUUCAUCUUUCACAUUUAUAGGGCAAUUGACAUCCUUUUACCAUCAGCCAACACUCUUAAAUAUUUAGAUUGUUUGCACAACUAAUAAAGUAAAACUUAUUAAUUUAGUACAUUAGUUGUUUCUAUAUUUUAACUGAUAAUUGCAAACUUAUUUAAUUGAAAUUUUAUUCUAUUUAAUUAAAACGAAAAGUUUAAUAUUGCCUUCUCAGUGUUUUAGAUGACUGAAGAAGCAGAUGUCAGUCAAACCACAAAUCAUGAUUCCAAAAUUAACUACUAUACUUAGGACUAAACUGGUUAUAAAAUUGCUAAUAACAUGGAUUUAAAUUUUUAGAUUCCUAUUCUUGCUUCUUAGGAUUACAAUAAAUUAUUAGAUACUGUG